CUACAACGCCCUGGGUGGUGGGGGACCUGGACGUGUGAAAGGCUUUGGUCGCAAUGGGGAGGUGGAAGUGGCGUUCGAUCCCUCGUCACUUUAUGUCCCAUCGCUGGACCUCUCCACCACCAAGGUGGCCGGCCUGCCGAUCCCACCCCCACUUGCAAUCGACAUUCAUCCCAACUUGCUCGAGGGGUACGUUGACAGGUCCACAGGCGAUGCAGAAUUCGACUUUGAGGCGCUUUUCAGUUUCACGGUGUCUGAAUUGUACCAGCCUUCCCCACUCUUCGUGAAGUGCAAGCUGUCCACUGGCAAUGCGCAGGGAGCCCUCUUCAGCGCAACUGGAGAGAAGCUCAACGAUGAUGGGCGUGGAAA